AUGUUCAGCAUCACAUCCAAGGCCGCAUUCACCUUUCCGGGAGACAAUAGAACAAUAAAACCAGAUAUAGCAAAAUCCGGCCGCUUGGCGUGUGACAGGUGUCGGAAUAUGCAGAAACCAGAGCCUUGCGGCAUAUCGCGGCUCAGGGCAUUGCCUGCGCCUCGAGUGAAACCUGCCGGUCUCCGCGAGGGAUUCUUUCAGGGCUUCGAAUCAAAUGAAUAUGCGACCGCUCCGGAGCGAAGCACUUCUUUAACUUUCUGGGACGAUAACGCUCCCAGGCUCGACACCUUUAACGCAUGGAUCCAUGUGUUGCCCGCGCGAGAAAUGUGGAAAAGGAAGGCCGCGCGUGCGGCGGCGCCAAAGCUCUUGCCGCGGGGUACCGCAGCCAGCCAGCUCAGUGCCGCCUUACGAUCCGCACAACGACGAUGGGGGUAUGCACGUUUUAUUGUUUGCGACCAGUUGUCGCAAAUCGCGUUCCCAGAAUGGAAGUUUAUUACGCCACUGCACCGGGCCGAUUGCAGGAAUGUCACAAAGACCGAACGAACACGCCAAAUGGGACAAACUUUGAGUUACGUAGGAUAUGUGUACGUAGUGCGGGACAGCGGGGCUAAACUAGCUCGUGCCGAUGUCCACUUCUUGGGCAGAGAGAAGACGUUUGGCGAGAAUCGCCAACACACAGAUUCCACAGCGAAACUCUCUUCAAUUUUCUGA